GCCUGAUUUGAUCAGGCCUCACUCUCUCUCUGUCCCUCUUGCCCGGUAAAGAUGUUGCGGUUUCCGAGUGCUCUGUUGCUAUGUGCGGUGCUAGCCAGGGUGUCAGGGGAGCCCUGGGAAGAAGGGGCAGAUGAAGACCCGCAUAAGAAGAACCUCUAUACGGCCGAUAUGUUCGAUCAUGCCAUCAAGCAAGAGCCGCACUUCAUCAUGUUCUUCGCUCCCUGGUGCGGUCAUUGCCAGCGUUUGCAGCCCACUUGGAAUGAGCUUGGGGACAAAUACAACCGUAUGUCAAAGACUCCAGCGUACAUUGCCAAGGUUGACUGUACUACGGAUAUGCCCACAUGCACUGAGCAUGGCGUCAGAGGAUACCCCACGCUAAAGCUGUUUAGACCAGGCCAAGAAGCUGUGAAGUACCAGGGACCCAGGGACUUGCAGAGUUUGGAAAACUGGAUGCUCCAGACUCUAAAUGAUGAACCAGAAAAACCCAAGGUUGAAGAAAAAGUCGAAGAGCCUGCUAAAGUUCCAGAAUUGAAACAAGGCCUGUAUGAGCUUACUGCAGCCAACUUUAAGGAGCAUAUCGCAGAAGGAAACCAUUUUAUCAAAUUCUUUGCACCUUGGUGUGGACACUGUAAAGCUCUGGCUCCUGCAUGGGAACAGCUCGCAGCAACCUUCCAGGACUCUAAUAGUAUUAAAAUCGCCAAGGUUGAUUGCACUCAACAUAAUGGGCUGUGCUCUGAUAACCAAGUGCGUGGAUAUCCUACACUGCUGUGGUUCAGGAAUGGGGAAAAGGUUGACCAGUAUAAGGGAAAGAGAGAUCUGGAUUCUCUGAAAGAAUAUGCCGAAAGCCAACUGAAACCCGCUGAAGAAAAAAAAGAGGAGGAACAGAAGGAGGAUGCUACUCCACCGCAAGUAGAGAAGCCUGUGGCAGUGGAGUCCAAAGUCCUGUCUCUCAGUGAAAGCAACUUUGACCAGACUGUUGCUACAGGUGUCAGUUUUAUUAAGUUCUACGCCCCCUGGUGUGGUCACUGUAAGAACCUAGUUCCAAUAUGGGAGGAUCUCUCCAAAAAAGAAUUUUCUGGAAUGAGUGAUGUUAAAAUUGCCAAGGUUGACUGCACAGCUGAGCGUGCGCUCUGCAACAGAUUCUCGGUGCGUGGUUACCCAACAUUGCUGCUUUUCCGUGCAGGGGAAAAAAUUGGUGAACAUGAAGGCGCUAGAGAUCUAGAAACACUACAAAACUUUGUCCUGCGUCAUUCCAGGGAUGAACUUUAAACCCAUCCUGAACCCUAUGGGUUUGAGAUGCCUUACUGGGCAAUGAAGUUACUGAAUAUUUUUAUAUGCAGUAUGGGGUUUAAUACAUGUGUCAAAUUUGGGUGAUUUAUCUUGGUGUUUUAUAACACAGAAAAAUGGCAAAGUCAUUGUUGUACCUUGUUUGAACUUUUAGGCAAAUGUCACAUCUGGUGGUGUUUCUUUCAGUGCAUAGAUGCCUGAAACUGCCCAGGCCCCUUAUUAAUUUUAUGGUAACCACAUGUCACCACCGGCAUAGGUAGGUUUUGCUUGAAUAUAAAAAUUUAAUACAAAAAUCCACCAGUUGUGAUAUUAGCCUUAAGCAAUGGUCAAGGAGAGACUACAAAAUACCUCUCAGGAUUUAGUUUCAUACCACUAUACAGGACAGUACCUCUCAAUGAGAACUGUGAUCCACAGGUAUUCUUCAAAAUAAUGACAUUCCUUCUAACUGCACUUCUAGAUUUUUUUUAAUUUACUGUGGAUCUGGAAUAUGCUGAAGUGCCUUAUUUGGUGGAACGGGCUUUAAGAAAAGGACGACUGUUAUUGGUUUGUUGUUGACAACAUGGCUCAUAGAAGACUGUACACUGCAAAAAUUAAAUCAUUUUCUAUUGUGUAUCUCUGCAAAUAACCCUUUUUUUACCUGAUGGAAAAAUGUGAUGAUGAAUCCUUACAAAAUGUAUUUCUUUGGUCAUUUUGUAUUGUUCAGCAUUUCCAACAUUUUCUCGUUGGCAGUGCGACUGUACCAGUAAAUACAGCUGAGUGGAGAA